AUGCGUCAGGCCGAUGGAAACAACCCAUAUCGUGUCCGAAAUGAAGAAGAAAGAGCUCGGAGCCGCAGCCCUCGCCGCAUGAACCAAGUUCAGGGGCUCCAUGAUUAUUAUCCAGGCGUGGUGCCAAACUACUACCCGAGUCGGUUUGUCCCUGUGAACCAGUCUUCGCACCCUGUCCCCCAAGCGGCCAUCGCACAACAAGCCUCCGAUGGCGGACAUCACAGUAGCAGAGAUCUCGAGCAGCCAGAUGGUGCUUACCAAGCGACUGGACCUCUUCAUUUUGAGCACCAAAGCGGCAACGAAUCCAUCGAGGCAGAAGAUCCCCUUCGCAGACAACGCAGUCCUAGCUGCGCGACUGAUGGAGAGCCCGAAGACUUCGAGGAAGAAGAAUUGCAAUGUGAAUUCGCGGCUCCUUGUCGAAUGGACGCAUCCCCUGAUGGAUUGCACUUCCGGAAAGUCGUCUCACACGUGUUUGGCAGAAACAAAGCCGUCACCAAAAUCUUCCCCCAGGAAGUCUGGGUUCAUUACUGCCGCAAGCACUACCAACGUGCCCGCUACCGAGCAGAUCAAUGGCCCUUCACCCAGUGCGACCUGCUGAUGGAAUCCUUACGCCGAAUGGAAGAAUGGAACGGCGUCAUUGACUUCGAGCUGACCCUCCGCCGCCGUGAGAAGAUCCGCGUGGCCGAAGCUAGCAUCGAACAGCCGGCUAGAAGGGAAAUCCCCAAAGAAGAACGCCGGGUCAUCAAAGCAACUCGCCCAGGCCGGAAGCAUCCCACUGCCAUCAUCGCGCCCGCACCAGACUGGUUGCGUGGCUGCACUGGCGAGCACCUCUCUUUCGACCAGAUUCGCGAGAUCAUCGAAAGAAUCCGCGAGUACAUGAUAACUUUGCGGAUUCGAGAAAAAGAGCAGCAGGCCCAGCAGGAUGAUCCUUUCAAGAACUCGACCAGCGCAGAGCAUAGAAAGUCUGCCCUUGCAAUCCGGACUCAAUCAAAGCGCCAGACCAAGGUCCACCCUUACAAGCUGCGCCCAGCUCCUAGCAUGGUCCGCUUUCCGGAUAUCGAGAUCCUCCCAAACUUCAAGCCUUGGGUUCGAGAGGCCGUGCUUCGGCAGCGCUCAGCAACUGCUCCUCCCUUGAACAACGGGAAGGAAAACAGAAACAUCAAGGCCCGGGUUGCUCCCAACCAGACAGUGCAACCCGGAACGGUGGUCCAGGGUCCCCAGCGCAGACUCCAGACCAGCACUCUUCCUUUCCGAUCUCACCGAAGCUCGGAGAGAAUCGAGGCCCGGGGUUCUUCUCCAGCUCCUGCGGCUGCCAUCCCUCGCGGGCGCCGCGGAGCGAUUGGGCGCGCUGGAACCAAUCGAGGCAAUUCCGCUAGCCAACAGCGGCGAAGCGACCGAGUCUUCCAGCAGGCUCUGGACAGGAUGCCCCGUCGUGGGCCGAAGAACGGCGCCACUACCAAGAAGGAAGAGGAGAAGGGUUUGAAGGAGGAAGACCGCCCGGUCUUGGAUUAG